UCUCCGUAACUCAAUAGACAUCAUGUCUCGAGCACGGCAGCCCCCACUUGUAACUGGCAUCUCUCCCAAUGAAGGCAUCUCAUGGACAAAGGUGACAAUUAGAGGAGAAAAUUUGGGAACUGGGCCUACAGACCUCAUAGGUUUAACAAUCUGUGGGCACAACUGUCUGCUAACUGCUGAAUGGAUGUCUGCCAGUAAAAUUGUGUGUCGAGUUGGACAGGCUAAAAAUGACAAGGGAGACAUUAUUGUUACUACAAAGUCUGGUGGCAAAGGAACUUCAACUGUUUCCUUCAAACUGCUUAAACCUGAAAAAAUAGGUAUCUUGGAUCAGUCUGCUGUCUGGGUGGAUGAAAUGAACUAUUAUGACAUGCGCACUGACAGGAACAAAGGGAUUCCCCCCUUGUCCCUACGUCCAGCUAAUCCACUUGGUAUUGAGAUAGACAAAGGCAGAUUUCCUCAAAAAGAUUUAGAGUCACUGUUUCCUGGGAUGAGUGCUGAUUUCACGAGUGAAAACUUUUCUGCUGCCUGGUACCUGAUUGAGAAUCAUUCAACAACAAGUUUUGAUCAGCUCAAAACGGCAGUUGUGAAUUUGAAGAAACAAGCCAAUAAGAAAAAUGAGGGGAGUCUAGCUUAUGUGAAAGGAGGGCUCAGCACAUUUUUUGAAGCACAGGAUGCUCUGUCAGCAAUCCAUCAAAAACUGGAAGCGGAUGGAACGGAAAAAGUAGAAGGAUCCAUGACGCAAAAACUGGAGAAUGUACUGAACAGAGCCAGUAACACAGCAGAUACCUUAUUUCAAGAAGUACUGGGUCGCAAGGACAAAGCUGAUUCAACAAGAAACGCACUUAAUGUUCUUCAACGUUUUAAAUUUCUUUUCAACCUUCCCCUAAAUAUUGAAAGAAAUAUCCAGAAGGGUGAUUAUGAUGUCGUUAUUAAUGACUACGAAAAAGCCAAGUCCCUCUUUGGAAAGACAGAAGUUCAAGUAUUCAAAAAAUAUUAUGCUGAAGUUGAAACCAGAAUUGAAGCUUUGCGAGAACUUUUGUUGGAUAAGCUGCUUGAAACUCCAUCAACAUUGCAUGAUCAGAAACGUUAUAUAAGAUAUCUUUCUGAUCUUCACGCGCCUGGGGACCCUGCUUGGCAGUGCAUUGGUGCUCAACAUCAGUGGAUUCUGCAACUCAUGCACAACUGUAAGGAGAGCUAUGUUAAAGAACAAAAAGGCAAUCCACUGCUUCACAGCCCCAUGUUAGACCUGGACAGUGAUGUGCGUCCAUCACCGAUUGGCCAUCUCAGUCAAACUGCUUCAUUGAAAAGGGGCAGCAGCUUUCAGUCGGGCCGUGAUGAUGCUUCACGAUACAAAGCUCCACAGCAAGUUGUAUUUGUUGAGAAGUUGACCAAGCUCGUUGUAAGUCAGCUGCCCAACUUCUGGAAGCUCUGGAUUUCUUAUGUGAAUGGAAGUUUAUUCAGUGAGACUGCUGAAAAAUCUGGCCAAAUGGAAAGAUCAAAGAAAAAUGCUAGGCAAAGACAAAAUGAUUUCAAGAAAAUGAUUCAGGAAGUGAUGCACUCUCUGGUAAAACUUAUCCGUGGAGCCUUGCUUCCAUUCAGCCUCAGAGAAGGAGAAUCAAGGCAGUAUGGUGGCUGGGAGAUGAAGUCUGAACUUUCUGGCCAGUGGCUAACACAUGUUAUCCAGACUGUAAGGCUUAGUUCUGAGUCUCUUACUGCACUUGAGAUACCAAAUGAUAUGCUUCAGAUCAUCCAGGAUCUUAUUCUGGACCUUCGUAUACGUUGCAUUAUAGUGACCUUGCAACACACAGCUGAAGAUAUAAAGAGAUUAGCUGAAAAGGAAGACUGGGUUGUUGACAAUGAAGGUUUGACAUCGUUGCCAUCCCAGUUUGAACAGUGCAUUAUCCAUUCCUUGCAAUCUCUUAAAACUGUGCUGGACUGCAAACCUGGAGAAGCCAGUGUUUUCCAGCAGCAGAAAACACAGGAGGAUGUAUGCCAGCUAAGCAUUGGGAUCAUGCAGGUCUUUAUAGACUGUUUAGAGCAACUGAGCACCAAACCUGAUGGUGACAUAGAUACAUCACAUCUUUCAGGUGAUGUUUCAUCUCCAGAUUUGUUUGGAAGCAUUCAUGAAGACUCGAGUCUUUCUUCAGAACAGAGACUUUUAAUUGCACUGAGUAAUUGCCGUUACCUGGAACGUCAUACCUUCCUAAAUAUAGCAGAACAUUUUGAGAAACAUGGCUUUCAAGGUGUUGAUAAAAUAACUCAAGUAAGUGAGAGCACUGGAAUGAAGUAUCAUUACUUGAAAGAAACAUUUUUAUUUGGUUUGCUUUCUGUGGAACAUAGGUGCAAGUGUCCAAAUAGGGAAAAGGACUUUUGG